CGCACCAUCUGCACGAGUGACUUGAAAAUCACCGGGGUCAGGGGGUGUCAACCCCGUGGUUUGUGUCCUUCCUCCAUGCUGACAAAUCGCCCGUUGGUUUGCCGCCCGCGCCGCCUGGACCUCUGGUACAGCUCGCUCUAUGGGAAUAAGAUUUCCUAUAAGCGCAGCAUGUACUGCUUGGCCAUCCUGUUACAGCUUGUCGUCGCUGCGUUUACUCAAGAACACGAUUUACGUCUAUCCAAUAUUGGCGGGAAACAGGGCCGAGUUGAGGUCCUGAACAACGGCCAAUGGGGCACUAUCUGCAAGGACGGGUGGAACUUCUUUGACGCUUUGGUGGUGUGCAAGCAACUUGGCUUCCCCUGGCUUGCAAGGAACGGCUGGAAGCAUGAUGCAGGCAACGGGACGGGGCCGGUGUGGUUGAGUAACGUAGAGUGCAAGGGGCCAGAGUCCAGACUGGAGGAGUGUCCGCACGAUGGUUGGAUGCAGCAUCAGUGCGCGGACACCAGCCACGCGGCCGCCGUAACAUGCCUUGACCAGGAGGAAUUUAGAGAUCUUGACAUCAUAAAGGAGGUAAUGUACGUGUUCCUCAGAGAUGGAAACGCGGCAUAUCAAGAGGAGGGUCUCAUUUUGCUGAACCUGUACACGGAUGACUACGAGCGGCGCUUCCUACUGUGCGAUCAGGGUUGGAAUCUCGCGGAUGCCAACGUCAUCUGCCGCCAGAAAGGCUUCGAUUCGGUGCACCGGGCAACAACUGGCUUUUACUUCGGGAGACACGACCCCAAGACACCAUACAGCUCUGAAAAAGUGUCCUACCUGGCCACCAACUUCUCCUGCAUUGGCAACGAGAGCCAUAUCCUCCAGUGUCCCGCCCAGGCCUGGUUCCAGGACGACUGUCCGAACGGAUACCAGGCUGGAGUCGUUUGUAACCGUGUCAAAGAGCCUGAAGAUUUUCAGAUACGACUAGUGAAUGGCACUAACCCAAACGAGGGCCGACUUGAAGUCUACCUCAACGGCUCUUGGGGGAGCGUCUGCGUACGGAGGCUUAACUACGAGUUUGCGUACCAGGCGACUAACGUCAUCUGCCAGCAGCUGGGGCUAGGUUACGGCCUGGAUGCGCCCUCGGAUGGCCGCUUUGGACGCGGCUCUGGUCCGGUGGUCAUGAGUGGUUUAAUCGAUUGUAGCGGCGGUGAAUCAUCCUUUGCACAGUGCUUUGUGGGAGAUGAGAAGCCCAAUCAGAGAUGUUUGAGUUGGGACAGUACUUUCGAGGCAAAUGUCAUUUGCAGCGGUCCAAUACCAGAGUCCCGCAACCCUAUCAGACUUUUAAGUUAUUCAGACAUGGAGGUGGGCAUACUGCUAAUCUACCAUGAUGGACGAUGGGGAGCGGUUUGUGGCGAAGACUGGUCCGACGCAAACUCCCAAGUGGCCUGUAGGGAGCUUGGGUUCGGGCCGCCGAAAUCGGCGAAUAAAUACCUGGGCAGGGGACCGAUGUUUCUGGGAGGUGUAUCAUGUACCGGGGACGAAGUCACCUUGGACCAGUGUAGUCGAGGACAGUGGUACCAACACGGAUGCACUCAGGACAACGCCAUCCUCCUUGUAUGUAGUGCCGGAGCAAGCUAUCUACUGUCUUCCACUGGUCUCCUGCUUGCAAGCUUGGUGACAAUCUUCUGCUUGGAAUAGGUGGUUACAUCCUGGGCAAGUUGCACUUCGGUUUCCAUUUUAGUACCGUAGCUGUAACUGUGUUUUUACAAAACAGGUGUCAGAACAUUGAUUGUAGCGUAACAGAAACGUUACUGACUCUUAGUUCACAGUCACUUGGGAACUUUUUAAUUUUGUUUUGGUGAUAAUUCUCUAUAAUUACGUAAGAUAGUUUCCUGUUGAUCAAGAGCCUGUUGAACUAACGGUUAGAAAUAAUUUUAAACUUUUUUGAGUUCCUAGUGCAAACUGUAUAAAUGGAAAUCGUGUUUGGCCGGUCAGAUGAGAAUAGACGCCGAUAAUGUCCCAUGCCUUUUGCAGGGAGUAUCCAUUCUCCUCGGCCAAUAACAUCUGAUUAUGUAGGUUUUCCCGUCCAAUUUUGGAAAACACGCUUUUCAAUUCGUAAAAUAAAACUUCAAUUUGGCGUGGAUUUUGAAAACGAGUUCGAACCUGGUUUCAUUUUGGCAAUUCGAACA